CGGGGCUCUUCCCCCCCAAAGGCUCCGAGGAUGUGACGCUAAUAUGUCAUCGUUUUGGACUUUUUUUUUUCUUUUAUUUCCAAACCAUUACUAUUUCCUUUAACCGUUCUGAUACAUUGGACGAUUUGAUCCAUUUUUAUUUUUUUUCAUGCUUUCUGUCAUCGUCCGUUCUCUCAGUGCGGGAUACACCUGGACGGGUUUCAGGGAUCAGGGACUUGUAUCUUUCCUUUUCUUCUUUUUUUUUUUUUUUUUUUUUUAACCACCGACUGUGGACAGUAUUAUGUCCAGGCGAAAACAGACCAACCCCUUCAAAGUUAACUGGCCAUUCCACUCUUCCGGCUUAACGGGACUUCAGCGCACUAUUAACAUGGAUGGCAGGGACGAAUUCACCGAAGACAGCGAAUGCUGCAGCAACAACUCCCACGACGUCCAGGGGCGGGAUAGCCUCACAGAAGAAAGCGAUAGCGACCCUGACAACCACAGUGAAGACUCAUCCUCCAACAUCUCUGCUGACGACCACAUGACCACCAAGAUAACAAACUGCCACCUACAGGGAGCAGGAGUCAAAGAGGAGUGCGAGGAAGGGUCGGACUACAGCGGCAGCUUCGUCUGUCCUCUCUGCAUGCAGGAGUUCAGCAGCCCCGAGAGGCUCAUCUCACAUGUCUACCAGCACACAACCAUGAUGAGCAGCACCAAGAGCUAUGUGUGCCCGGUGUGUGGGCGAGCUCUGAGUUCUCCCGGCUCUCUUGGACGGCAUCUCCUCAUCCACUCGGAGGACCGCCUCUCCAACUGCGCGGUCUGCGGUGCUCGCUUCACAGACACCAACAACUUUAACAGGGAAAAGCUUAAAGACGUCCUGGACACGAGCAGGAUGGAUGUGACCGGUGGGAGGGACACGUGCUCCAUGUCCCAGUCUCUGUCCAGCAGCCCCAUGAGCAGCCCGGGCUCCGGGACUCACUCCUCCCACGAUCCGGGCCCUAAUCCCAGUUCAUGCCAGGGUCCACGCCCGUGUCAAGCUCCCAACCCUAAUCUCAACCUAUGUCAAGACCACCGUACUUGUCAGGGCUCCAGCCACAUCUCCAGCGCGUGUCAAGGCCCCCGACCGUGCCACGGCUCCGGCCCUGGAUCUGGACCGUGCUCAGGUCCGGGACACUGCUCAGGCUCCGACCAAGAGCCCUCCUUUCCUUCACUGCCUGACAGUCUCUUAUCUGAAGGGCCGUCACUUGCAUCUAUCCCAGACGCUCUUAACUCCUCGUCCUCAGGCCUCCCUCCUAUUCCUGACAUCCUGAGCCCUAUGCCGGUGUAUCCUGCUGGAGUCCUGCUGGUGUGCAACAGCUGCGUGGCCUACCAGCAGUUAGUAGGCGCCCAGUCCCCCAUGAGAAAAUGGGCUCUACGGCGGAAGAACGAACCAUUGGAGGCUCGUUUGCAGCGACUGGAGCGCGAACGCACGGCGAAGAAGAACAAGCGGGCAUGUGAGUCGGAAGAAGAGAGAGAAGUGAGGAGGCUGCGGGACCGCGAGGCCAAGCGGAUGCAGAGGAUGCAGGAGUCGGAGGAACAGCGGGCCCGGCGGCUGCAGAGGGACCGGGAAGCCAUGCGUGUAAAGAGGGCCAACGAGACGCCGGAAAAGAGGCAGGCCAGGCUGAUCCGCGAGAGGGAAGCAAAGAGGAUCAAGCGGCGGCUGGAGAAGAUCGAUCCCGCUCUGAGGACACAGAUAGAGCACGAUCCUGCUGCCAUGGCUGCUCUGACAGCAGACAUGAGCCUGUUUCAGUUCCCCUGCCCGAUGCCGGUCCCUUCCAUGGAUAAUGGUCUCUUCAUGAAGCUACCCUGACUGGACCAAGUCGCCACGGAGAGAUAAACUCUCCUCUUUCCGCAUCCUUAACCUUUGCACUGUUCCAACAGGAUGCCGUGGUAACUGUGGACCGGUCCUCGCUGGUUGCCUCCCAGCUUUUUCGGUGUCGGACAGAACUGCUUUGUUGAUUACAGGAAAAAAAAAAAAAAACGUAUUCAGUUUCUAAUUUAUUACAGUCUAAAAGACCUUGGGAACAGGGUUGGGAAUGUUUCUUAUUGUAUGGUUGGUAACAUAAGAGCAUGUUGUAAAGAGAUUUAUCUGUUCAUCAGUGGACUAACAGUUAGUUCUAGUGGGAGCAGCUCUACUUCCUCUAAGGAAAAAAAAAAUCUUUUGCACAUGGACUCUCAGCAAACAGAAUGGGGGGGUUUAAAGUUUAAAGUCGCCCCCCCAGCCCUCCUUUCUGGUCCACUUCGCCAGCCCAGUGACUGUUUCACCGGUAGCUACACCUCUCUCUUCAAGCUGCUACCGCGGGAAGUUAAUGUUCAAACUACUACCUCAGCUGGCGCCGCGGUGGCGCUCUCUGUCCUGUGGCUUACUGCGUUCCAACUCCAAGCUUCCAAAGCUCUUUACCGCUGUAUACAAAUACAGAGGAUGCAGGUUGUUUUCCAAUAUUUUCUAUCGGUAUUUAUCAUUCAGGCACUUUUAAUAGGACACGGACAUUCACUGGAGCGACUCCUUUCUGAACGGGUGGAUGUUUGUCCUAUUGAACAUGCCAUCGGUGUCGAGCAACAUUCCCCUCACCUCCCGAGUUGUGAAUCUUUAUUCAUCCACCUCCUUACAUUCUCUUUGCCAAGAUUUAAAGCUCUUUUCUUUACACUCCAAAUAUUUUGCCAAUGUCAUUUAUUUUCUACUUUCUGUUACAGUGUUUUCUCUGGCUCAUGAAAGCUCAGUCUGUGCUGCUGUUAUUGUACUGUACGAUACCUUAGUUACCUCUUAUAUAUUAUUCUAGGCUCAUUACACGGAGGAAUAAGUGCUAAAGUGUUCUGUUAAGUGGUUUCAAUGAGAAAGUACCUGCUAUGUUACCUGUUGACCUCAUAGUUUGACACAUUACUUGAAUUUUGCCUGCAAAGAUGCAUUUGUUUUCCUGCUAAUGAGUACACGGCAACAUGAAAGUUGAGUAGUAGUAUUGUAUAGAGAAUCAUACUUUGAUGACAUAACCUCUGCUUUGUGCAAUUUCUGUAGCAUUCACGUGCUUAAUAAGGCUGCAGUACUUUCAGUAUGGGGAACCGGUGCCACUUAAAUGGAGGUUAUUUUUCUAUAUCUACACGUGAGUUUGAAAGUUUUAUCAAGUCACAUAAAGGAAUCAGUGUUUUUGUUACACUCAUUUAGCACCGGGGCUAAUGUCAGACCAGGAGAAUUAAAAUUCAUCUGCAUUCAUUAACCUCAUUCCAGCACAUAUUUAUGCAAUAUAUAUUUUUCUUGUUAAGUGUCUGUGGUAUUUUGCUGGUAUAAAUUUGUUUUAAUGAAGAGGCUAAGUGUUUAUUUUCCUGCCUGCAAGGUGGCCUCCAGUUUGUUUUUUUUUUUUGACUUGGCUUUUUUUUUUCCUGAUGCAAAAUCUUUUGGUGUCAGUUUGAAGAAAUAUCCUCCAAGGACGAAGCCGUGUUUCUUUUUGGGUCGCUCUAAACGAGUCAAGCUACCUGGCACCUUGUUACAGUAAAUCAACCUAGAAAAGAAAAGGUGCACUGCCUACCCAAAACAUAAAAAAACUGAUUUAACCGAGCAGACAGAUGGCUGGCAUUGGAGACGAAGGGCAGUGAUCAAUAUCUUUCAGCUGACAACAGGUUACCCUUGUGCAGUGAGCAGCUUCUCAUUCCUGAAACAACUGUCAGAAUAUAAUCCUGUAUCCUGUUUCAGAAAGGUUGAGUUUUUGUUGUGCACUAAGCAAAUCUGAAACUUCACAAAGUGAAUUGUCCAACAUGAAGCUUAACGUGAGGGACGGUCUUCAGGAUGUGUUGUGACAUUGCAGGAGCCUAUAAAAAUUAUUCAUAAUUCAUGCCGUUAUCAAAGCUAAAGGAGUCCAACGAGUGUGUGUGCAUGUUUUCGUUUGAUUUGUUUUUUUUUGGCCCAGCAGUGUUUCUCCUCAUAGGCUUUCUUAGAAGUGCAUCAAACUUCUAUGCAAAUGAUUUGUUAUUCAUUAAGGAAAACUAUUUCACUCCUUGCUGAAACUAUGCAGAAUGCAAUUUAAAUUUUUAAGUUUACGCAGACUUCAAAGUAAAAAGUUCAGCUUCUCAGGCAAUGUUACUCAGUGAGAGGGCUCAGAACCUCAAUACAACUUUAUCCAUAAGGUUCAUUUAUUUACCUAGUCACCUAACGUGAUAGGACCAGUAUUGGCCAGUUGGCAGAGCUCUUUCAUUGUCUAAGACAUGUUUCCUCUUCCAAGUGCAGCACAUCAAAAGUAACAGGGUCUCACUGCCAUCCUAUCCAUGAUACUCUACCAAGGGCAGAUCAGUGUUCUCAGCAAAGGCUUCAGGUGUUUUUUGUUCAUCCCGUCUUAGACUAUGAAUACUAGGUAUUCUCAGACGGGUUUUUUUAAUUUGUUUGUAAGUUGUUGUGAUCCACGUUGUUCUGCAGUGGUCAGAAAGCUUCUUUCCAGUGAGAGUACUGUGGACUCUGAAUUGUUAACUUUCAUGAGCAGUACGCUCGCAUCGGAUUUGGUAAACACUGCAUGUCGUGAAACUGCACUUGUACUACGAUGGUUCAGUAUGAGCUUGUGUUCUGUUUAUGCCUGCCUGCUCCCCCCCUUAUUUUCUUUUUUUAGAGUUUAAUCAAAAAAAGAUGUUAAAAAAGAUAAUUGUUGGCCUUUCUGUAUUAAUUCUGUUAGGAUUUCCUCUCAAUGUCCAUGUUUACAACAUAAAUAUCAGCAAGGCCAAAUGAAUGAGCGAAUCAGCUAACAACAUGGAAGCUGCGAUAUCAAUGCAUUCUGACAGGGUGGCACUUUGGUGCACCAUCCUGUUACUGGAUUAACAGAUGUACAGACCAUAAUGAGACCUGGUAAAGAAUGUGGAAAUAAACAAAUUCAU